CGCAAUCGGCAGGAGGAGGAGGAGGGGAAUAACAAAACCCCGACUUUAAUCCUGUACACAAACUAACUUUAACAUCUUUAUCAUGUUAAAAUAGUCCGAUCGCUAUCUUUUUCAUGCACUUCUGUGAUAUCUAAGGACUCGCAGAAGUUUUUAAAGGACUUUUGGCAGCUGCGCUUUUAGCAGAAACCCCAAAAAAACAGAAGAAAACUAUGGCGCUCAGAGCGAGAGCUUUAUACGACUUCACUCCUGAAAACCCCGGAGAGAUUUGUGUGGUGGAGAACGAGCUUUUAACUCUAUACAGUGAAGAUGUAGUGGACGGGUGGUUAGAAGGCACAAACAGCCGCGGAGAGUCAGGACUCUUCCCUGCGUCCUACGUGGAGAUCUUAAGCAGUCAGGAUUCAGUGCAAGGCAACGGGAAUGCUGGAGAUGUCUACAGCCCCAGGUCCGGAAGUGAGUAUGCCUAUCAAGUAAAAGGGGACACGUCAAGCGAGUCCACACCUCAGAGACACGGUUAUCCGACAAGCCAAGGCAGCGAUGACGACUGGGACGACGACUGGGACGACAACCAGACGACUUCGGCGACGCUGACGACUCACGACCCGAGCAUCCAUCACUUCAAACGCCAACCCGGUCGUGCCAACUCUGUUUCUUCACGUGGCAGUGGUGGCCAGCAAGCCAGAAGCUCAGCUACUGUCGGGAAAAACCUCAACAGGUUUUCCACCUUCGUGAAAUCAGGAGGCGAGGCAUUUGUUUUGGGUGAGGCGUCUGGAUUAGUUAGGGAUUGCGAUCAGAUCUGGGUGGUCAUGGGUCAGUUCGGCCCCGAGUGGCAAGAGAACCCUCAUCCUUUCACGUGUACCAUUGAUGAUCCGACCAAACAGACCAAAUUCAAGGGGAUGAAGAGUUACAUGUCCUACGGCCUCACGCCCACCCACACACAAAUCCCUGUGAAUCGCCGCUACAAACACUUUGACUGGCUGUACGCGCGCCUCGUGGAACGCUUCCCGGUCAUCUCUGUUCCCCACCUUCCAGAGAAGCAGGCCACGGGCCGAUUUGAAGAGGACUUCAUUUGCAAGCGCAGGAAGGGUCUGAUCUGGUGGAUGAACCACAUGACGAGCCACCCGGUUUUAUCCAGGUGUGACGUCUUCCAGCAUUUCCUGACCUGCAGCAGCAGUGACGAAAAAGCCUGGAAGCAGGGCAAGCGCAAGGCAGAGAAAGAUCACUUAGUGGGUGCCAACUUCUUCCUCACCAUCGUCCCACCGGCCACACCGCUCGACCUCCAAGAGGUGGAAGGCAAAGUGGACGGCUUCAAAACAUUCACCAAAAAGAUGGACGAGAACAUCGUGCAAGUUAACGUGACCAUUGGGGAGUUCACCAGAAAGCAGAUGACUGGAUUUAAAAAGGAGUAUCAUAAAGUUGGACAGGCCUUUCGAUUGCUCUGGCAGGCCUUCGAAUUGGACCAGCAGGCGUAUUCAGUCAAGUUGAACCAAGCAAUGGCGUUCACCGGGGCCGCCUACGAGACCAUUGGGGACUACUUUGCCGAACAACCUCGCCAGGAUCUAGAUCCAGUGUCAGAUCUUUUAGCGAUUUACCAGGGACAUCUAGCAAACUUCCCAGACAUCAUCCACGUUCAGAAAGGAGCUCUGACCAAAGCAAAGGAGAGCCAGAAGGACAAAGACGUCCCGGCGGCUCAGGACAUCCACGAGCGCUGCAACAUCAUCUCCUGUGCCACUCUGGCCGAGAUUCAGCACUUCCACCGCACCCGAGUACGCGACUUCAAGGCCCAGAUGCAGCACUACCUCCUACAGCAGAUCUCCUUCUUCCAGAAGAUCACAGCCAAACUGGAGGAGGCGCUGCACAUGUAUGACCAGGCGUAAACAAGAAGUGAAAACAGGAACCUUAAAACUCCCAAAAGAACGUCGACAGUCGGGAGAUUUUAAUAUUCCACGCCGCAGACGUUCUCAUCACGUCUGAGACAGAAAAGAUUAGGAUCGUGUGUCCAGAACGUAAUAUUUAGACACAAAUCCAAACAAAAUGCAGCAUGUCUCGCUUUUAUUUUCCUUUUUGUAACAAAAAC